UCAUCUUCUUCUUUAUAGAUAAGAACCGUAGAACAGAUUUAAUUGAAUAUUAAUCAACGAUCAUGUCUCACAUCGCUGUUGAGAGGAACCGAAGAAGGCAGAUGAACGAGCAUCUUAAAUCCCUUCGUUCUUUGACACCUUGUUUCUACAUCAAAAGGGGAGAUCAAGCUUCAAUAAUCGGAGGAGUUAUCGAGUUCAUCAAAGAGAUGCAGCAAUUAGUGCAAGUUCUCGAGUCCAAGAAACGUCGCAAGACACUAAACCGGUCUUCUUCUCCUUAUGAUCACCAAACAAUCGAGCCAUCCAUCUUAGCUGACACCCCUAACGCAACCACCAGAAUGCCGUUUAGUAAAAUCGAGAAUGUAAUGAGUCUAAUGACAACAAGCACCUUCAAGGAAGUUGGAGCAUGUUCCAACUCCCAUCAUGCAAACGUUGAAGCCAAGAUCUCAGGCUCUAACGUUGUAUUGAGAGUUGUCUCUUGGAGAAUUGAGGGCCAGCUGGUGAGGAUCAUAUCCGUCUUGGAGAAACUCUCUUUUCAGGUUCUUCACCUCAACAUUAGCUGCAUGGAAGAGUCUGUCUUGUACUUCUUCGUUGUCAAGAUAGGACUGGAGUGUCACUUAAGCUUGGAGGAGCUAACCCUUGAAGUUCAGAAAAGCUUUGUGCCUGAAGCCAUUGUCUAAAUCUAGCAACUAAAACCAAUGUACUAAUUAAUGUGCUUCGUUUACAUAAGCACAUGCACUUAAUACUUUGCUAGAAAUAAGCUCCUAUACCCUUAUCACACUUAUAUGUUUUUGUUGUGUCCCAACUGAAUCGAAGUUGUAAUUUUCCACAAAUAAAUCAUCACAAAUUAUGC